AUGGCAGACUGCAGUUUUCUCCGCACCAACAGGGGGCGCAGUGUCGUCACAGGCUCCUAAGGCGGGAAUAACCCUUCUUGACCAACUACGGUCUUUCCUUCCGGCUCCGGUCUGCUAUCAAGUGCAAAGAUGCUGAUGCCCAAGAAGAAUCGCAUUGCUAUCUACGAGCUCCUCUUCAAGGAGGGAGUCAUGGUUGCAAAGAAAGAUGUCCACCUGGCCAAGCACCCGGAGCUGGCUGACAAGAACGUGCCCAACCUUCAUGUGAUGAAAGCCAUGCAGUCCCUGAAGUCUUGCGGCUAUGUCAAGGAGCAGUUUGCCUGGCGUCACUUCUACUGGUCCCUCACCAACGAGGGAAUCCAGUACCUGAGAGACUUCCUCCACCUUCCCUCAGAGAUCGUGCCCGCUACUCUGCGUCGCCAGACCCGCCCUGAGACCGCCAGGCCCCGGCCCAAGGGGAUGGAAGGAGACAGACCAGCACGCCUCAACCGUGGAGAGUCUGACAGAGAUGCCUACAGGAGAUCUGCUGCUCCACCGGGCGUGGACAAGAAGGCAGAAGCGGGUGCAGGAGCAGCUGCAGAGUUCAGUUUUAGAGGAGGAUUUGGUCGUGGCAGAGGAGGACAGCAGCCUCAGUAAUCUUUUCUCUACAAUAAAAGAAAAUACAAACCAUU